CAGUUCCUAACACUAGAACGAUCCUGUUCGCUGCAGACGUGUAUUUAGUAUUGUUAGGGAACGAAAGUGACCGGCAAAUUAACAUUAUUUAGGGAGUCAAACUUGGUGUAGUUUCUGCGAUAUCCAUUAAUUUUUCAUAGCAUAUCUCUGCGGCUCUGUUAUUGAGCUAUUGCGGUCCAGACAAAAGUCAACAAAGGUGUGUGCGGUUUUGUAAAUAUUACAGAAAGUAGAAGCAAUCAGCAUUGCUUUCAGCAUAUCGAGGCAGGGAAAGUAAAUCCCUCAUCUGUAUGGAAGAAGCUAAACCGGAACUGCUGUGAUUUGGACAAAAACAGUUCAUACAAUCGUGUCCCGUACGAUCACCAAAUAGAGACGGAUUUCAAAGCAUCACUGGCUGGUAAAUGCAUCCCAAUAUAAGCUGUCGCCGGGAUUACUACAGCAGGGCAGUCGAGUGAACGUUAUCGAGAUUGUUAUCGCACAACCAAUCAGCCCAACCAUGAGUCGUUGGGAUCGACGUAAUGAUGAAGGCCAAUAUCAUCAGCGGAACCGUCUCAAUGAAGCAAGGCACAGUACGAACCGGACCCGGUUAAGCCGCAGCAGAUCUCGGUCUGAAUCUCCCGAGAGAUCAAGAUCACACUCCCGUUCCCCGACCAGCGAGCGCCAACGACGACCUCCUGUCUCACACGGGCACCAUCCUGGACGUUACGACCACCAGCAACACCAACGGCACCAACAGGACCAGCAGCAGGACGAAGAACGCCGGCGACGACAGGAAGCACUGGACAGCCGCGGACGAGCUGGCCCCAAUGGCACCGGAACCGGUCCCGGUGGCACCUCGGGCGUGGUGGGACGGCGCACUGGUGGCAGCACGGGCGGUGCCAAACCUCCGGUCACCGGCAUCCAGAUGAAAUUGGCCGCUCCGGCCAGCAAGGAGCCACCCCGGCUCAUGAAGCCGGUUGCGAACGCGUUCCGGUUGGCGGAUGACAGCGACGACAGCGAACCGGAAGAGAUGCCGGCCGAGUGCCGGAUGCGGAUGCGCAACAUUGGACGGGAAACGCCCACCUCUUCCGGGCCCAACUCGUUCGGCAAAACGAAGCACGGGUUCUGUGAUUCGAAGAAGAUGUUCGAGAAGAAGAUUGGCGGCAGCGUCGGUGACCGUUGAGGAUGGGCAAACGGGGAAGCUAGAGAGCGGGAGAACGAGGGCCGUGUGACGUGAGUGAGACUGAUCCGGCGGCCGGUGGCGCCGAAGAGCGGACGAGUGAGGCCAGUCGAUGGGAAACGAUUCCCGCAGGAGCUAGGUUAAGGAGCGUGAAUUUCGCUUUAUUUAUCUCUCGCACCACCGAACCGCGCGCCCUUCUUCCCCGGGGCCAGGGUUUGGCAUUAUUGUAGUGCAAAACGUUUGUUCUUUCGUUGGCCGGUACGGGCUCCAAGGGCGGUUGGCAGGGCUUUUAAUCACUCACGGGGUCGCUUACCGCCAACAUUUAACGUAGGAUUAACGAAACUCUUUCAUGAAACAAUUGUAACGCACCGUUGUCAGAUGCUAGCAAAUCAUUGAAUAAAUUAAUU